GGGGAUGGAGAAGUGCAGUAACCAGGGUGACAGGAGGACCUGGGGAAGGCGGCCGGCUCAUUCUGGGGAGGGCCUGGAGAAGGAGAGCCUGACUGUGGAAAGAAGGAGGGAAGAGUCCGAAGAGACUAGGAACUCUUUCACAGACCCCCCUCCCCCCCAGACAAGCCCCCUCUUCCUGGCCUCUUUGCCACCCGACAGUGGAAUUUUCCCAGGACUGGCUCCUGCUACUCACUACCACCCCCGUCCUCCCUCGAGAAGGAAAAACGGAGGCUCUGCCUCAGAGGAACCAGGUUUUCACAGAGGAAAGCCCCACUAUGCCUGCCCUGAGAGGAAUGUGUUCUGAGCGUGAAGGCAGGCGCUGGAUUCCUGUUUAUUUUUUCUCCCAGGCUGGCUGGACCAGCUAACGGGGGCUUUGCCCUGAAGCCCUGGCAAGGAGUGAGGGUUCCUGGCUGGGUUGUUGGAGAGCUGGGGGCUGGCCCUUUGCCAUCUUAUUUUCUCUCUCCACCCCACCCCCGCCCCCCUCCAGGACCAGCCACCAUCAGUCCUGUCACUCCAGAAACUGAGGAGGGGAGGGGAGGGGUGAGGGGUGGGGAUGGAGGCAACCACUAUGCCAGGUUGCCUAGACAACAUCAGAAAUCAUGGCCAGGGCCUCUUCCGCCUGCGGGGCCUCUGCUUCCUGCAUCAGUCACUCCUGCUGGGGGCGGGGCGGAGGAAGAGGUUGGAUGUGGCAAUGCGAGGCUCUAGUCGGUGCUGCUCGGAUGCUCCCCGCCAUCGUGCAGCUCCCCCAGCCAUGGCAUCCUAUCCAUCUGCCCCCAGCAAGUCCAAGGCCAAAUAUCCCUUUAAGAAGCGGGCCAGCCUGCAGGCCUCCACUGCAGUACAGGAGGCUCGAGGUGGGCUGGGGGCCCCUCCGCUGCAGGCCGCCCGAUCCCUGCCAGGCCCCGCCCCCUGCCUCAAGCACUUCCCGCUCGACCUGCGCACCUCUAUGGAUGGCAAAUGCAAGGAGAUCGCAGAGGAGCUGUUCAGCCGCUCGCUGGCUGAGAGCGAGCUCCGGAGUGCUCCCUAUGAGUUCCCUGAGGAGAGCCCCAUCGAGCAGCUGGAGGAGCGGCGGCAGCGCCUGGAGCGGCAGAUCAGCCAGGAUGUCAAGCUGGAGCCAGACAUCCUGCUUCGGGCUAAGCAAGAUUUUCUGAAGACAGACAGUGACUCCGACUUACAGCUCUACAAGGAGCAGGGCGAGGGCCAGGGUGACCGGGGCCUGCGGGAGCGUGACGGGCUGCUGGAACGGGAAUUCCAGCGGGUCACCAUCUCUGGGGAGGAGAAGUGUGGCGUGCCGUUCACAGACCUGCUGGAUGCAGCCAAAAGUGUGGUGCGGGCCCUCUUCAUCAGGGAGAAGUACAUGGCGCUGGCGCUGCAGAGCUUCUGCCCCACGACCCGCCGCUACCUGCAGCAGCUGGCUGAGAAGCCUCUGGAGACACGGACCUACGAGCAGGGCCCCGAGACCCCCGUGUCUGCUGACGCCCCGGUGCAUCCCCCUGCGCUGGAGCAGCACCCCUACGAGCACUGUGAGCCCAGCACCAUGCCUGGGGACCUGGGCUUAGGUCUGCGCAUGGUGCGGGGCGUGGUGCACGUCUACACCCGCAGGGAGCUCGAUGAGCAUUGCGCAGAGCUGGAGCUGCCAUACCCCGACCUGCAGGAAUUUGUGGCUGAUGUCAAUGUGCUGAUGGCCCUGAUUAUCAACGGCCCCAUAAAGUCGUUCUGCUAUCGCCGGCUGCAGUACCUGAGCUCCAAGUUCCAGAUGCAUGUGCUGCUCAAUGAGAUGAAGGAGCUGGCUGCCCAGAAGAAGGUGCCGCACCGAGAUUUCUACAACAUCCGCAAGGUGGACACGCACAUCCACGCCUCGUCCUGCAUGAACCAGAAGCAUCUGCUGCGCUUCAUCAAACGGGCGAUGAAGCGGCACCUGGAGGAGAUUGUACACGUGGAGCAGGGCCGCGAGCAGACGCUGCGGGAGGUCUUCGAGAGCAUGAACCUCACCGCCUACGACCUGAGCGUGGACACACUUGACGUGCAUGCGGACAGGAACACCUUCCAUCGCUUUGACAAGUUCAAUGCGAAGUACAACCCUAUUGGGGAGUCCGUUCUCCGAGAGAUUUUCAUCAAGACUGACAACAAGGUCUCUGGGAAGUACUUUGCUCACAUCAUCAAGGAGGUGAUGUCAGACCUGGAGGAGAGCAAAUACCAGAAUGCGGAGCUGCGGCUCUCCAUCUACGGGCGCUCGAGGGAUGAGUGGGACAAGCUGGCGCGCUGGGCUGUAUUGCACCGCGUCCACUCGCCCAACGUACGCUGGCUCGUGCAGGUGCCCCGCCUCUUUGACGUGUACCGUACCAAGGGCCAGCUGGCCAACUUCCAGGAGAUGCUGGAGAACAUCUUCCUGCCACUAUUUGAGGCCACUGUGCACCCUGCCAGCCACCCAGAGCUGCACCUCUUCUUGGAGCACGUGGAUGGCUUUGACAGCGUGGAUGAUGAAUCCAAGCCUGAGAACCAUGUCUUCAACCUGGAGAGCCCUCUCCCUGAGGCCUGGGUGGAGGAGGACAACCCACCCUAUGCCUACUACCUGUACUACACCUUCGCCAACAUGGCCAUGCUGAACCACCUGCGCAGGCAGAGGGGCUUCCACACCUUUGUGCUCAGGCCGCACUGUGGGGAGGCCGGGCCCAUCCACCACCUGGUAUCGGCCUUCAUGCUGGCUGAGAACAUCUCCCAUGGGCUGCUUCUGCGCAAGGCCCCAGUCCUGCAGUACCUGUAUUACCUGGCCCAGAUCGGCAUCGCCAUGUCCCCGCUCAGCAACAACAGCCUCUUCCUCAGCUACCACCGGAACCCACUACCUGAGUACCUGUCUCGUGGCCUCAUGGUCUCGCUGUCCACUGACGACCCCCUGCAGUUCCACUUCACCAAGGAGCCACUGAUGGAGGAGUACAGCAUCGCUACCCAGGUGUGGAAGCUCAGCUCCUGCGACAUGUGUGAGCUGGCCCGCAACAGUGUGCUCAUGAGUGGCUUCUCCCACAAGGUGAAGAGCCACUGGCUGGGACCCAGCUACACCAAGGAGGGCCCUGAGGGCAACGACAUCCGCCGCACUAACGUACCGGAUAUCCGCGUGGGCUACCGCCAUGAGACCCUGUGCCAGGAGCUGGCACUCAUCACACAGGCCGUCCAGAGUGAGAUGCUGGAGACCAUCCCAGAGGAGGUGGGCCUCACCAUGAGCCCCGGGCCUCAGUGAGCCUGGCCCAGGCAACGCCUGCCACGUCUCAGCACCCUGACCAUGUUUUAUUCUCGGACCCCUCCUAUGAUGUUCUGGUCUCUGCACGUCUCAGUUCUUUGUUGCUGUCCUGCAUGUCUCUGACUAUGUACCUGUGCCAUCCCCAGUGGAAACGAUGCUCAGGAAUCUGCAUCGCCGUUGUCUUGGCCCAGGGGGCACCCAAGGCCCAAGGGCUUGAGCGUUGGCCCUGCCCCAGGAUUCUCCGAAGCCUGGCUGUCCUGUGUGUGUCUCCAGUGUCCACAGGGGCCUGGGUGGUUGUGGGGGGCUGGCCCCCUCUAGCCUUUGAGGUCCUGCUUGGGCAAAUCCAAGCUUUGGCAAGACCUUAGUUUAGGCCCCACCUUGUUUCUGUAGCUUUUACUCUGGCCUGACACCCAAGCCGAGGGGCAGCCAUGUGGGGUCUACACAGCCUGCUAUAGGCACGAGGCUGCUGAGCAUCCUUUGAGCUCAGUCACAGCCCUGGGCUCUCCGGGCCUGAGGGAUGACUUUAGGCCUUCAGGUGCUGGACCAGGAGCUCCGCACCCCUCACCUCUGUCAAGUCACUGCCCCAGCAGCCUUCAUCCUUUCUCCAAUCCAUUUGCUCCUCCUGUGGUAUCAGCUUCCUGUGUCUCUUUGGGAGCCACAGCCACCCUGUGCUGUGUCUGGGGCCACUGUGGCCCGAGGGUCCUGCAUCUGCCACCAGCCCUGGGGGUGGUGUCCCCAGUGUGGUCCCCAGAGCGUUAACCAGCCCUGGAUCCCAGCUGGUCCCAGUGCCAUGUUUUGGACUGAGGCCUUUACUGUGAAAUGCAGUGUUUCAUACAGUACCAUCUUUCCUAGUGCAUGAGAAAUAAAGAUUAUUUAAGUAA